AUGCCCAUAAAAGCAAUGUUCUCCAAGUUCAUUCAGAUCUGCAACACAACGAAGUUGAAUGGAGUGACAGAUGAACAGAUUCGACUGAGGCUGUUUCCCUUCUCCCUGGAGGACUUAGCAAAGGACUGGUUGGAGAGUUUGGAACCGGGUUCUAUUAGAACAUGGGAUGCUAUGGUGGAAAAGUUUUUGGAAAAGUUCUAUCCCCCGAGUGAGGCUAUUAAGAGGCAACAUGAGAUCAUUGCCUUUCAGAUGAACCCUGCAGAGAAUAUUAGAGAUGCAUGGUGGAGGUUCAAAGCCCUGAUGAAGCGGUGUCCCAACCAUGGGUUAACCCCGACAGUGCAAGUCAUUACAUUCUUCAAAGGGUGCAUGCCUGAAGCACAACGGGAGUUGAAUUUGAGCUCAAGUGGAAAUCUUCUCAAGGAAGGAGUGAAUGAAGCUAUGGAAGUGAUUGAGGAGCUCGCCUAUAAUGAUGAAGGAUGGAGUAAUGAGAGGAGUAAGGUGCAUAAGGUGGCUUCCACUACAGAUCAUGAUCCAAUAAGCACCUUAUCCGACAAGUUGGAUGCUCUUACAAUGAAAUUUGACUACAUGGCGAUGGGGCUGCCCUCUCAAGGACCCCAAAGAGGUCUAGAAGAUGUGAACUACUACGGGAACAUGGGGCAUCCCAACCUCUCUUAUGGGAACCCCAAUAAUGCUCUGCAACCACCUCAGGGGUUCACAGUUACUGAUGGAAUGGUUAAUGAUCAAAAGAAGAUGACCACAGAGGACAUACUCAAGUCCUUCAUGAUUAAGACUAACAAGGUCAUGGAACAGAACAACCAAAGGAUGGAGAAAUUUGAAUCAGACGUGCAAGGAAUGGCCACUCAUCUAAAGAAUAUUGACAUACAGAUCAGCCAGAUUUCCCAAACUGUGAGUGCUAAUACUCAACCGGGAAAGUUUCCAUCAAAUACUAUCAUCAAUCCCAAGGACUGCAAAGCUAUACAUCUGAGGAGUGGAACAAGCUAUGAGGGACCUCCAAUGCCAUCCGAAAAUGAGGAUAGAGUAGCAGAAAAGAGAGCUGAAGAGAAGGAAUUGGUCAAAGAAAAUGAGACUGUGCAGAUUUCUACUCUACCUAAGGAGAACACGGCUAUACAUUCACCUACACCACCUACAGCUCAUAGUCCACCUGAAGUGAGGAUCCCUUAUCCUCAACGUGUUCAGAAGAAGAAGACAAAUGCUCAUUUUUCAAGGUUCUUAGACAUCUUUAGGAAGGUUAACUUGAAUAUCCCAUUGGUGGAGGCACUUCAAGAAAUGCCUACAUAUGCAAAGUUUCUAAAAGAUGUGCUCUCCAAGAAGAAGAGUGCCAUAAUUCAGAAAAGGCUACCGGCCAAGCUUAAAGAUCAUGGUAGUUUCAACAUCUCAUGCGUCAUUGGAAAUGACAGACAGACAAAGGCACUUUGUGAUCUGGGGGCGAGCAUAAAUUUGAUAUCAUUAUCGUUUUUCAGAAAGAUGAAGAUCGGCACUCUCAAGCCGACAACAAUCACACUGCAGAUGGCAGAUAGAACCGUCACCUAUCCUAAAGGAAUUGUUGCGGACGUUCUUGUGAUUGUACACGACUUCAUAUUUCCCGUCGAUUUUGUAGUGUUGGAUAUGGAAGAAGACGUGAAUGUACCGCUUAUCCUGGGGCGUCCAUUCCUUGCAAUGAGAAAAGCAUUGAUAGAUAUAGCAAAGGGAGAGCUCACUAUUCAUAUGGGCAACAAAUACCACAUCUUAUCUAUCUACAAUGCUAUGAAGAGUCGUGAGGAAGAGGAACUUGUUAUGAAAAAGGAGUGCAAAGUUGUGCAUGUUGUAGAGGUCCAAAAGGCACAAGGAAUUAAGUCCACAUUUGGGGGUUUUUCUUUGCCGCAGUGGAUGUUUGGUUCAUGUGGUGGAUCAAGUUCUAAACAAGAGACUGCAUUAAAUCCUAAAGUGAAGGAGAAGAAAACAAAAGCUGAAAAUUCACCCAAAGUGAAAACCAAAAUGGCUGAUGGAGCUCUGAAAAAUACUUGGUGGAAGAAGAGAUUGGCUAGAUCAUAUGCUUCCAAGAUUGACAGAAAGUCUAACACCACCAGUUAUGGCGUGACAUGA